UUCGCUUCAGUCUUCGCUCAGCGGUCGUGGUGAGAGGAUCUUUCUGCGUGUCUCUCGGGCUAGGUCUAUCACAGAAUGACAAGUAUGACAUGUCUCGUAACGGUGGCCGUGACAGUGACCCUCCUCCAGGCAACGCCCACCGCAGCUCUUAACCCGUUCCAGCACGCCUUCGGCUCUCUCCACAAGGCCUUUAAUCCUGUCCAGCGAGCCCUCGACAGACCCCUUUCCAACGUAGGCGACUUCCACAAUGAUCUGUCGGAGCAGCACGUGUUCGCCUCCCCCCCUUCAACGACGGGGAUGUCCAUCAACGCCCUCUUUGGGAAACUGGGGGACGUGGGAGAGGGUGAUGAAGCGUCCUCGCCGACCGCAAGCAAUGGAGUUCCAGCAAGAUCGGAUUCCCAGCGCGUGAACUUCAACAUCGACACUUUUACCUUCAACCAGCACAACACGCGCAGGGUGGACGACAUCUUCAGUCUCCUGGCUGACAUCGAGGACGACCCACGCCCCGUGGUGUCCUCGGAGGAGCCCCAGAAGGCAGCGGACGACACGAGAACCGAGGACCUGCAACCUGAGGAAGAGACGGACGAUCUAGCCGUGACCAACGCCAUCGGCAAGGGGGUCCUCCAGGCAGCCAAGAACAUGGAGGGCGUCCUCAAGGUCAUUCAGAAAAUGAAAUCCAGAGUCGAGGGCCAGAGUAACUCCUCCUUGGCGGAGUUGUCGGCCUCCAACACCUCCGCCUCUCUGGUCGACGUCCUCCUCGAUGUUCCGACGCUGGAGGGCAUCAGGACGGCAGGACUCACGGCCGAGUCUGAGGCGGAGUUCCUCGACCACUUGACGUCCGUCUUGCUUGGGGCCGAACAAAGGCAGCAGUCCGCCCUCACGCUCGAUCCUGUGACCAUCAUUGCUCUCCUCACCCUUGCGGCCUACCUGAUCCGCGCCGUCUACCAGAUCCUCACCGUGACCGGCCGAUCUCUCGACGUUUCGGACUUCGGUCUCCCGCUCAGCCUCUCGGACCUGCCGGACGCCAUGGUCAAUAUUCAUAAUUGGAUUUCAUCUUCGCAGUUCGAUGUGUUGGGAGAAAGCAGAACCUUCGGCGAAAAGUCCCCUGCCCUCGAGAUCCCAGGGAAGGUCGCCGCGAUUCUGAAGCUACAGCGAGAAGGCCAGUAUGCUUGCGUCGGCCAGUUCCUCUGUCAACAGCUGGAGGAGACCCCGCUGCCUACGCCCACGGUCUCGGAUUUGUUUGUCGCAAGUCUCGGGUAUUUCUACGGACAGAAGGACCUGGCUUAUUACAUCGACAACGGCCUCUCGGGACAAGGUUCCUGCAACGCCUCCUCCUCCAGGUGUUCCUCCAACACGCUCUCAGACGCUCACACCGUGCACAGUAUUUUCACCGAAGCUGUUCAUAAGUUCUUUGAUCUGUGGGCGACUGUGCACGGUAGGCUGUAGGUGUUGUUGUAAUGUGUGUUUUUUUUUUUUUUUUUUUUUUUUUGAUGUUUGUUUGUAUGUUCUGUUUUGUUGUUUUUAUGAAUUAAUUUAUUUAUUUAUUCAUUUUUAGUUUUGCGUUAAUUUAUUAUGAUGUGGAGAGUAAAUGCGAUGUGAUUUAGUCUGGAAAGGGCAUUUUAAAGCAAUGAGUCGCUGGUUGACUUGAUAUAAAAUAUCUGAAUACCCAAGGAAGUUUGAAAUAAGGAAAAGGUAUAAAUAGAGAAAUAAAUGAAUAUAUAUAUAUAAUGACUUUACAUUUGGGUCAACCACCAAAAUUGCCGCAGUUGUCCAUUAAUGAAAAUGUUUGCACAUAAAGGUCACACUAGUUUGCAAAAGGUUGACUACGCCAUCUGUUGACUGCAGGAGCAACUAAAUAAGCUCUGUUUGACAGCUUGGUGUUAUAUGAAAAGUUACUAUUCCUUAUUUCAUUUUCCUUGCGUCGAGAAUAUGCUAGUUACAAAAUUGAUAUUUUCGUUAUGAUUUCCAAAUACACAUUUUUGGGCAUUAUUCCUGUAUGAUUUGUGUGUAUAUAUCGUGCUAACAGGUAUGCUUUAAUACAUGUAUAGACAGUAAGCAUACAUUUGUUGUUAUUUUUUAUGUUUAAGGAGUUUCAUAUUAAAGACUUUAGUAAC